AUGGCCGAGACCACAUGUCCCGUGUUCAGGCCAACUGAGCAGGAAUUCAAGAGCUUCCGGCGAUAUAUAGAAGAUGUGGUCGAUCGCAUCGCAGGGAAGGCCGGGCUGUGCAAGAUUAUCCCCCCACCAGGGUGGGCGGCACGGCGACGAGACACGGCCGAGGAGAUGUGCAAGUCGGUGUAUAUCCCCGCACCAAUCCGACAGUGCGUAUCCAGCACCCGCAGCAAUGGCGUGUACAGCGUGGACGUGGUCGAAAACCCGCCCAUGACCCUUGCCGAGUUCAAGGAGUACGCGGACAAGCGCGCGCCGUUCCCGUCCUCCACGGCUUCGGCGGGCUGCCCCGGCUCCGCAGCGGUCGGGGUGAGGCGCGGACGCUCCGGCGGGGUUUCUUCUGCAGACCCCGCGGAAGGCGGGGGCGCUGACGGGGAAGGCGGGGGGGGCAGGGGGGGGGGUGGGGGCGGAUGCGGCUACGGCGGCGGCUACGGUUUCAGUUCUGGCGUCGGCAGCGCGGGAAGCGCAGGUACCCAGGCGGGCAGCUCACGGACAGAGGAGUCGGAGGUCGCGCGGAGGGUGAGGAUGUUCUGGCGCUCGCUGGGGCCCAACUCGGAAGCACCCGUGUACGGGGCGGACACGUUGGGGACGCUGUUUGCGGAGGACGACAACGACGCUUGGAACGUGGGCCGGCUGGACACUAUCCUGCAGCUGCUGAAGGCUAACUUGCCCGGAAUCACGACCCCGAUGCUCUACGCGGGAAUGUGGCGUAGCAUGUUCGCCUUCCACGUGGAAGACGUCAACCUCUACUCGAUUAACUACCUUCACAGGGGGGACCCCAAGUCCUGGUACGGCAUCCCCCCGGGUUCUAGACAGCGGUUUGAGUCGCUGGCCCAAGCCUUCUUUACUGAGGAAUUCCGCACUUGCAAGCACCACAUGCGGCACAAGACCACCAUGAUAUCCCCGCUCCAGAUUCAGAAGGCGGGCAUCGGCUACUGCACGGCAGUUCAGGCAAGGCGAAAGGAGGGAGGAAGUUGA